AUAUAGAGGUCGGCAAGGCUUUGCACGACAUAAUUUGCACGGAUGCACACGGAAUAUGUGGCAUCACCUCUUGAAAUUAUGCAGACUUCUUUUUUUGGGGUUAACUCUGCCCUUCCGGAUCAUGAAGAUGCUGGGUUUGUGCGCCUUCUACAAACGUCUGUUUCCAUUGCUCGCCUACAACAUAACAUCUUCCUACAACGUGAAAAUGCACGAAAUUAAGAGAGAAGUUUUCCGAAAUAUCCAUAGGUUCACUAACACGGACGGCACACUUCGCCUGCUGGAGAUCGGCUGCGGCAGCGGGGCGAACUUUAAAUUCUACCCGGACGGCUGCACGGUGAUCUGCACUGACCCCAACCCGCACUUUGAGAAGUACCUGCAGAUGAGCAUGCAGGCAAAUCAGCACUUGACCUAUGAGCAGUUUGUAGUGGUCUCCGGGGAGGACAUGAAGGGGAUAGAGGACGAAUCUGUGGACGUUGUUGUCUGCACUUUGGUCCUGUGCUCCGUCAGCGACGUGCAGCAGGUGCUGAGGGAGGCGCGGCGCAUUCUCAAAACGGGUGGAGCCUUUUACUUUCUGGAGCAUGUUGUUGGAGAUCCCUCUUCUUGGACAUAUUUCUUCCAGCAUGUUCUGCAGCCAGUGUGGUACUACCUUGGAGAUGGAUGCAUGAUCACCAGAACAACAUGGAAGGAUAUAGAGGCUGCUGGCUUCUCAGAGCUUCACAUCAAACACAUUGAGGCCCCACAGGUCACUAGCAUGAUAAAACCACACAUCUUGGGAUAUGCAGUCAAGUGAAAAGGGUGAGAAUAAUAUUGCAGACUUAUGGGAAGAACAAGAGCACAUACUAAAGCACUCACAAAAACAAUAUAAUUAGAAAUUAUUUUGCACAUAGAGCAAAGGCUAUCAUAACUGGCUAUUACUGACAAUAAUACAAAAAGAAAAGGAAAAAUGGUUGUUACCUAAUACAAAGGGUGUAAUUGUCAAUCUAAGGGAUUCAUGUAGUAACAUUUUCAUAAAUUCAGAACCACUAAAAGCUUGUGGACAUCAAGUCACACUUGAACACUUGAUCUUGCACUCAGAUUUAUAAAGCACUGGGUACACCACCAUGCACAUUUCCCAUUAUAAAUCAUUAGCACAAUUAUAAUUGUGCAUAUAGUAUAAAUGACCUUUUAUACAUAUACUUUUUUUUUUUUUUUAAAUAUAAUUUGAGAAGAGUCAUAGCCCCAAACUGGUGAGUGUAUACAAUCUCUAGGGUCUAUCUAUACCUUACAAAAUCAAAUGAGUCAUAUGGCAAAUGUAGAGUGAAAAUAUAUUUAUUUGCUUACAGAAUCAGCAACAUUUCAUACACUUUGUUUGCUCCUCACCCCCACCCCUCCCAAGAUGUACAAAAUAAAUAUUACCUGGACACUGUGCUUUUUCCCUGAUUGUCUAAGUAACAGCCAGGUAACAACCAAUCUAGCCGUACUCAAUGACAUCAUAUCUAAUACCCUUUAUAUUCCAUUGCACGAAAAUAAGGAAUGACAAUUGUAACAUCUCCUCAAGGGGGAAUAAGGGGGAAUUGCUGGUUCACAUAAUAAACAGGAAUUACAUCUUUAUAGUAAUCAUACAGUCAAAAUUCUGCAGAUGCUGUUAGAAGAUUAAAAAAGAUUCCUACAGCAAGAUUUUUUAAAAACAUGAGAAAAUAAGCUCAUUCUAAGAGGCAAAGAGGGAAAGGGACAAUUAGAAAUUGAAGGUCACUGAUAAAGCUUACAAAUUCAAACCUUCCAUGUAUUCAAAAUAUACACAAGUAUAAACAUUACAGCAUUAGCAAAUCUAAAAAACAGGAGGUGAAAAAACAGCCAAUUUCUCAUUCAUGUCUUUUAUAAGGGUAUUUUAAUGGCCAUCACUUUUGUAUCAAACAGAAUAA